CCGGUUAGGGUAGUGCAAACGUGUGUGUGUGGAAGAGAGGAGUGGUGCGGCUGAUAUAUAUGUGAGAGGCGCUUUGCAUCAGAAUCUCUCUUUAGGGCUUAAAAAAAGGAGAGAGACGAAGCCGUACAAAGAGGGCUCUUAAACCACUCACUCCCCUCUCGAGAAAGAUCUCUAAACCACAACAUCCGCUUAAGAUGGAGAAGUACGACCGUGUGGUGAAGAAGAAGGAUGAGACGCCGAUUGACGCGAACGAGAUUCGUAUCACUAGUAUGGGCAGGGCACGCAACUACAUCACCUACGCCAUGACUCUUCUCCAGGAGAAAGGGUCAACGGAAGUUGUGUUCAAGGCAAUGGGAAGAGCUAUCAACAAGACUGUGAACAUUGUUGAGCUCAUUAAGAGAAGGAUCCCUGAUCUUCAUCAGAACACAUCUAUUGGAUCCACCGACAUCACAGACACAUGGGAACCUAAAGAGGAAGGCCUUCUUCCUAUUGAGACUACAAGGCAUGUGUCUAUGAUAACCAUUACCCUAUCCACCAAAGAGCUUAACACAUCCUCCAUUGGAUACCAGUGCCCGAUUCCUGUUGAGUUGGUGAAGCCAUUAGGCGACAUCGACUAUGAAGGAGGAGAGGGUUCACCUGGUGGCAGAGGGAGAGGAAGAGGAAGGGGGAGAGGGAGAGGAAGAGGUGGCAGAGGGAAUGCAUAUGUGAACGUUGAGUAUGAAGAUGGCGGUUAUGAACGUAACCAGUCCUAUGGUGGCAGAGGAAGAGGGCGUGGUGGCAGAGGACGCAGCAGCCGUGGUGGUCGAGGAAGAGGAGGAUACAAUGGUCCUCAGAAUGAGUAUGAUGCACCACAAGAUGGUGGUUACGGUUAUGAUGCUCCUCCUCAUGAACACCGUGGAUAUGAUGACCGUGGCGGUUACGAGCGUCGUGGUGGUUACAAUGGGGGUCCUCAGGGGCGUGGUGGUUAUGAUGGUCCUCGGAGGCGUGGGGGUUAUUAUGAUGGUCCUCAGAGGCGUGGUGGUUACGAUGGUCAUCAGGGGCGUGGUGGUGGUUAUGAGGGUCCUCCUCAGGGCCGUGAUGAUUAUGAUGAUGCUCCUCGGCGUGGACGUGGAAGGGGAGGUCGUGGAAGAGGAGGAGGUCGCGGUGGUGGUGGAUUCAACAACAGAGCAGAUGGACCACCAGUCCAGGCAGUUGCUUGAGACAUGAGAGUGAGGUUUCUAUGUUACACAAACAUAAAAAAAAAAAAGAAGGCCAAGAGUCGUUUGAUGUUUUGUUCUAUCUCCUUCCUCUCUCCUUAUGUUUGAUUCUGUCCAUGAAGAAGACAUGUUUGCCAUAAGUGUAUCCCUCCUUUUGUUUUAUCCAUUGAUUCGCAGUUUUUUCUUUUAGUUGGUGACUGUUUUUCUUUAAAGUCGCUUUAGGUUUUAUCUGUUCAUUUUAUUUAUGGUGGGUUUUUAUUGGAGAUUUACCUUCUGUUUAUUUGCUUCGUAGUCUUUUUAGAUGACAGAGUAAGAGUGAAUAAUUUUUUGUUGUC